CCGCGUUCAGUUGAUGUGGUUAAAGAAACGUCCUUGUAAUGUAACUACAAUAACAACCAAAAAAAUAGAAGUGGUGCAUCAUGGGAUCACUUGAUGUGGAUGGGACUUUUACACCACCAUCAGUGAUGCUGAACAACAUAAAAUGUGGCGACAGCUACACAUAUUUCUCUGAUGUGCCCGUAUCCCUCCGACAAAACAUAGGCACCGAGUGCGUUUUGGGUAUAGAUGAAGCAGGACGCGGUCCUGUGCUAGGCUCGAUGGUUUAUGCGCUCUUCUAUCUCCCUUUACAAUACCACAACAGCCUUCUCGACGAAACCCAUCACUUUGAUGACUCAAAAGUCCUGUCCUCUAAAUUUCGCGCCUCCCUUAUGCAACAGUUGUGCACUCCGGGAAAUGAUCUUUAUCAGCAUUGUGGCUGGGCAACUCGUGUUAUUUCCGCGCGAGACAUAUCUGCGGGUAUGCUUAGGAGGACCGCGGUAUAUAAUCUGAAUGCGCAAGCUAUGGAUGCCACGAUAGACCUAAUCAGAUCUGUACUUACACAGGGUAUAAAUGUGGCACAUAUCUUCGUUGACACAGUCGGCAAACCAGACGCAUACCAGCGGAAGCUGGAAAAGAUUUUCCCAACAAAGAAGAUCACAGUCGCCAAAAAAGCAGAUAGCAUAUUUCCUUGUGUCUCGGCAGCGUCUGUCUGCGCCAAAGUUACGAGGGAUCUUGCCUUGGACGCGUCUUACAAAAUGACAUGCGCUACAAUUUCGAUUUCUGGAGGUUGGGGAAGCGGAUAUCCCUCCGAUGCAAGGUGUUUGACUUGGAUGAAAAGUAAUAUGCAUCCAAUAUUUGGCUGGGGCCCAGAAUGUAGAUUUAGUUGGGGUACAGCUAAGGAUUUGCUUGAGAAUAGGUGUAAGAACCUGAUAGUACAGUGGCCCGAAGAGGAGGAUCAUGUAGACGGGAUCAAGAUGUCAGACUUUCUACCUGACUCAUCUGCGUGUGACUCUAGCGACAAUUUGAAGAGGUGGUAUGGUCAGAAGUCUGCACAGAAUAUGUUUUGAAAUGUUCAAGAAAGACUCCCGCGCAGAUUCUGCUCUGACAUGCUCAAGGAGAAUAUGAAUGAAAACCCUCAUGUUGCGAUGCAAUUAUAGCCACAAAGUUCUGGACAAGUGGUGACUCACGAAGUAUUUUAAUAUUCACCAGCCUCUCCCCUUAAUUGUUAAUAUGUGAU